CCCCCUACUCUCUCUGCCUUGCCGUCUCACGCUCACCCACUCUCUCCUCUUCUUUCCCCCCUUAAACCCACGCAGUUCAGCGUUAAUCGAGCACAUCUCCGGCCGCCACGGACACCUAAACCCUAGCAGCGCCCCUCUCCGUACGCCAGUGCCCCUCUCCCCAACCCUAGCAUCCUCCUCCCGUUAGUCCUCCUCCGCGUUCCAGAAGGAACACACCAUCCGAAGAUGUCCACCGACCUUGCCGCGGCCUCCGCGGUGGCGGCGAUCUCCGCUGUGAUGGACUGGCGUUCCUCGCCCGACGCCCGCAACGCUGCCUUCACGUACCUCGAAUCGGUAAAGAGUGGAGAUGUACGAGCGUUGGCGAGCACAUCUUUUCUAUUGGUUCGGAAGGACCAGGCAUCAGAGAUCAGACUGCAUGGGUUCAAAAUGUUGCAGCACUUGGUGAGGUUGAGGUGGGAGGAACUCAGUGUUGCAGAACGAAAUGAAUUCGCUAAUUUGACUGUCAAUUUGAUGUCAGAGGUUAUUGGUCCCCGUGAGGAGUGGGCUUUGAAGAGUCAAACAGCCGCGUUAGUAGCAGAGGUAGUUAGAAGGGAGGGAGUUACUUUGCUGAAUACAUUACUUCCCUCUAUUGUUUCUCUGUCUAACAGUGGUCCUGCCGAGGCUGAGUUAGUUGCCAUGAUUCUAAGGUGGCUUCCAGAGGACAUCACUGUUCACAACGAGGAUUUAGAAGGUGAUAAGAGGAGAGCACUGUUGCGUGGCCUUACCGAGGCACUGCCACAAAUUCUUCCGCUUUUAUAUUCUUUACUUGAGAAACAUUUUGUGGCUGCUUCAAGCGAGCACACGAAGCAGCAAAUGGAGUUGGCUAAACAGCAUGUAGGGACAGUAAUAGCUGUUCUAAAUGCUGUCAAUGCGUAUGCUGAAUGGGCUCCUGUGACAGAUCUGGCCAAAUAUGGUUUAAUUCAUGGAUGUGGGUCCUUGCUUUCUUACAGUGAUUUUCGCGUUCAUGCUUGUGAGUUCUUCAAAAUAAUCUGUCAAAGAAAGCGACCUGUGGACGUCGCAAUUUCUGAGUAUGAUGCAGCAAUGAGCAACAUUUUCCAGGUGUUGAUGAGCGUUUCCCAAGAAUUUUUAACCAAAUCUAGGAUGCAGCCCAGUGCUAUUGAUGAUAGUGAAUAUGAGUUUGCAGUGUGUAUUUGUGAGACAAUGGUUGCGCUAGGUUCUUCUAACAUGCAGUGCAUACUGGCUGAUGGAGCAAGGACUUCUCACUUCCUACAACAAAUGCUGGAAUAUUACCAACAUGACAGGAUUGCACUCCAUUUCCAGUCUUUAUUAUUUUGGCUGGUUGUAUUGAGGGAACCAUCGAAAGCGAAGUCUGUUGCUCGUGUUUCUGGCGAUACAACUAGUGGAAGUUCAACUGAAAAGGAGAAGAAAGGGGUGUUAUUAUUUAUUACUGAUGAAAUAUACAGUACUCUACUGGACGUCGCUUUCAAAAGAAUGCUGAAGAAAAGUGCAAGUUCAUCUCCAAGUCCGUUAGAACUGUGGAAUGAAGAGCUUGAGGGUAAGAGUGACUUCAGCAACUAUCGCACCAAACUGCUGGAUCUCAUAAGAGUUGUUGCUUCUCAAAGACCUGUUAUUGCUGCAGCGAAUGCUGUUCAAAGAAUAAGUGUUGUUUUUGGAGAUACUAAUGAAGCAACAAAGUCCCCUGAGGUUCUUGACGCAAUGGUAGGUGCACAACUUGGGCUUGAAACAGUUGUUAGUGCCAUAUUUGAUGGCUCAGGUGAUUAUACGAAGACUGACCAGGAGAUACAAUUCCAAAUACACAGUACUUUUGAAGGUUUACUUCAGCAGCUUCUUUCUCUGAAGUGGACAGAACCUAGCCUUGCAGUUAUUCAUGGUCAUUAUUUGGAUUCUUUGGGUCUUUUCUUGAGACAUUAUCCAGAUGCAGUUGCCAGUGUUGUGAAUAAGCUUUUUGAACUAUUGACAUCUCUCCCCAUCACAAUUCAGCAACAGGACCUGUCAAAUAAUUCCCGGCAAGCUAGGUUGCAGAUUUGCUCGUCAUUCAUUCGUAUAUCAAGAGCUGCUGAUAAAGCACUUCUGCCUCAUAUGAAGAACAUUGCCGACACCAUGGCUUACCUUCAAGGAGAGGGCCGCUUACUACGUGCCGAACAUGAUCAUCUAUGUGAAGCGUUUCUUAUUAUGGCCUCCUCUUCUGGGAUUCAGCAGCAACAGGAAGUCCUGGCCUGGUUACUUGAGCCUCUUAAUAAGACGUGGACCCAAAUGGAAUGGCAAACUGCGUAUUUGUCUGAUCCAUCUGGUUUGACACACAUGUUUGCUGACAGCCAAUUUAUGUGGUCCAUUUAUCAUAAUGUUACAUUCUUUGAGAAGGCACUCAAGAGAAGCGGGACCAAAAAAUCAACAGCAGCUCUGCAAGCAGCGCCGACCACCACAGCAGUAACUGGUUAUCUACAUCCAAUGUCUUCGCAUCUAUCAUGGAUUCUGCCCCCUCUUUUAAGGCUGUUGCGAUGUAUACAUGCACUUUGGGCCGAGCCAUUUGCUCAGUCGCUGACUGGAGAAACCAAGGCGGCAAAAAGCAUGACUAUUGCGGAGCAGGCCAGCCUUUUGGGAGAGACAAAUAAACUCACAAAAGGCCAAGUUGCACCUUCUGAUGGAUUACUGGAUGUUCAAAGGGAGGGAGAGUCUAAAGAAAAUAACAUAAGAAACUGGUUACGAGGGAUCCGUGACAGUGGGUACAAUCUUAUAGGUUUAGCAGCUACUCUUGGGGAAACAUUUUUCCGAAGCAUAGAGGGUUCAUCUGUCACCCUUGCUCUUAUGGAGAAUGUGCAAGUUAUGGAGUUUCGUCAUUUGCGCCAACUCAUGCACCUUGCUGUUGUUCCUUUGGUUAAACAUUGCCCUGCUGAACUAUGGCAUAUGUGGACAGUGAACCUUUUGCAGCCAAUAUUUGUUCACUGCCAGCAAGCACUUGAUUACUCAUGGUCUUGUCUUCUUCGUGAAGGCCGAGCUAAGGUUCCUGACAACUUUGGUAAUCUUUCUGGGUCAGAACUGAAGGUAGAGGUGAUGGAAGAGAAGUUGCUACGAGAUUUGACUCGUGAAGUAUGUUCUGUGCUUUGGGUUUUAGCAUCACCAGGUUUGAACAGUGGGCUUCCGACCUUGGAACAACUUGGACCUGCCAACCGGAUUGAUUCUUUUCUUAAAGAUCUGGAGUCCUUUGCUUCCAGCUCUCUUGCUGGAUUUGUUAUGCUUAAUGUUAGCACUGCCCUUCCUGCAUUGAGGAUAACUAUUCAAGUGUUCAGUUGGACAGAUAGUGAAGCAGUGACUAAAGUAGUUCCCUUUUGUGGUGCAUUGAUUCACCUUGCUGUGGCAACAAACCGGGCUGAGCUUAGGCAGUUUGUUGGAAAGGACCUAUUUUCUUCUAUAAUACAGGGCUUAUCUAUUGAAUCGAAUGCAAUUAUUAGUGCCGAACUUGUUGGUCUCUGUCGAGAAAUAUACGUCUAUCUGUCAGAUAAAGAUCCAUCACCAAAACAGAUUCUUCUGUCCCUCCCCGACAUGAAGCAGGAAGAUUUGCUCGCUUUUGAUGAUUCGUUGAGCAAAACUGCUAGUCCAAAAGAGCAGAAGCAACAUAUGCGAAACUUACUUCUGAUAGCCACAGGGAACAAAUUAAGGGCUCUUGCUUCUCAAAAGAUCACAAAUGUUAUUACCAAUGUUACAACUCGAAAUCGGAGCAGUGCCGCACACCAUGGAUCCAGAGCUGAAGAAGAUGAUCACAUUGGAUUAGCUGCAUUAUCAUAGAAAUGACCUGGUGAAUUUGUGGCUGUGUACAAAAGGGUGAAAGAAAAUUUUUAAACUGGGUGCUGAUGUGGCAAAUUAUUGUCAAAUACCAGGUGCUGGCAGCCAAUCUGCCAUCAUGAGUAACUGAACCUAUUCUUGGUCUAGACAGUUUUUUCCCACUAGAUUGUAUGUACUCUCGGGGUGCUGAUGGCGCUUCGAUGCAUGCACUCAGAAGUCGGAGCUGCGUUUGGUGUGCGCAUGUUUGCUGGAGAGUAGUCAAUGGCGUAUGUAAUUACUAAUGUAAUUCAAACUAAUAGAAUUUUUUUUGUGGGUAAAACUAAUAGAUUUAAUAAGAGGCCGAACUCUUGUUGACAAAAAAAAGUAUCAGUGAUCCCUGAAGUGGCAUUACUUAGACUAGACAUCAUUUUAAUCACCACUGUUCAAAUUAUAUAGACCAUUUGAUAUGAAACUUAAUUGUAAAUGUUUAAUGAGAGAUAUUUCA